AUGGCCUGGGGUCAAGGUGCUAAGAGGUCCAUACUAGGGCUUCUCUUUCGUGCUCAGCAGCAAACCGCUCGGGCAUACUCUUCUUCAGCAUUCCAGACUCAUCAAUUGAGCACUCAUGUUCCCCAAGAUGGCGUGUUUCUUAGGAGAUUCAGCUCUGAGGUGUCUUCUUCAGAGCAAAUGAACCUUAUUAAGCAACUCAGGCAAAGAACGAGUGCUCCAAUCAAAGAUGUCAAGGCCUCCCUAGUUGCCUGCAACUGGGAUAUUGAGGCUGCGCAGAAGGACCUAAGGAAGAGAGGUGUUGCUCUUGCUGCCAAAAAGUCUUCACGCACUGCUGCUGAAGGUUUGCUAGCUAUCGCACAAGAUGACAAAAGGGCUGCUGUAGUUGAGCUUAACUGUGAAACUGAUUUCGUAGCAAGAAAUGAUGUUUUCCAGUACCUGGCUUCAUCAUUGGCAAAGAUGGCUUUAUCUGCUCAGGGUCCCGGUGAAUUGUUCAUGCCUUUUGGUCCUGAACUUUUAGAGAACAUGUCUAUCAAUCUUGAUCAUCCGAUGCUCAGCGGGGAAACAACUGUCCAAAGUGCUGUUACAGAAGUUGCUGCAAUGGUUGGGGAGAAUGUGAAACUCAGAAGAGGUUUCAUGCUGUCCACAACUGCACAUGGUGUUGUUUCAUCGUAUAUGCAUACCUGUCCCCAGCCAGGUAUGGGUCGUAUCGCUGGAUUGGUCACACUAGAAGCAGAAGAUAGCAGUACUCUCCUUGAUGCUGUCAAAAGUGUUGGGUCAUCUAUUGCGAUGCAGAUUGUUGCAACAAAGCCAUUAUUCUUAUCAAAAGAACUGGUUUCUGCUUCUGCUUUAGAAAAUGAGCGUGAAAUAUUUCGAACACAGGCCGAAAGCUCAGGGAAAUCCCAAAUGGCUAUGGAAAAAAUGGUGGAAGGCCGAUUGAGGAAGUACUUUGAAGAAGUUGUGCUCAUGGAGCAAAAAUAUGUUUUAAAUGACAACACAAACGUUAAGACCGUGCUGAAUGACUUGUCGAAAGAGGUUGGUUCUAAAGUAAUAAUCGGUAACUUCAUCAGAAUGGAGGUUGGAGAAGGGAUUGAGAGGUACAGUAUAUUUGUCCUAUCCCAUGUCAUCUCUAUCGACAAGUGGGUUUUUGUUUGCGAUGUGUAA